GUGCAAGCUUUGUUUGGAAAGUGACGACGAAAACAAUGCAGUAGCAGACAGUACACGGCUGAGAGCUCGAGUUAUAAACACCGACACAUUCUGUGAAUCAUAGGACAUAAACAUCGGAUAAGUACUUGAGAAAGCUCAAUGCGGGGAACCUACUUUUAAAUGACGUUGUAGAGUUUAAAAAACUAUAUGGUACCAAUGUCAGCGGCUUUGUUUUUACUAACAAGAAGGUAGCGAUUUAACGCAAUACCGGUCACGACCGAAGUGACAGGUUUGGGUGAAAUGCGGCUCAUAGAAAGCGACAGACAGGUCCAGUUAUCCUGUGCUGUAGAGAUCUGCGGACAAACAGACGAUUCACUGACAUCCUGAUAGCACCUGUGGAUUUUACGGCAGAGUUUAACACUGUUUAACGCCAUGGAAAGCGUCGGGAAAUUCGAGUUCAACAGGAAAGACCUGAUAGGACACGGUGCUUUCGCGGUGGUAUUUAAAGGAAGACAUAAGAAGAAACAUAACUUUGAAGUCGCCGUGAAAUGCAUCAACAAGAAAAAUCUCGCUAAAUCCCAAUCGCUCACGGUAAAAGAGAUCAAGAUAUUAAAGGAGCUGAAACAUGAGAACAUCGUCAGUUUAUUGGACUUUCAGGAAAUUUCGGGAUGUGUCUAUCUUGUCAUGGAGUACUGCAAUGGAGGAGACCUAGCGGACUAUUUACACUCUAAAGGAUCUUUAAGCGAGGACACAAUCCGUGUGUUACUGCAGCAGCUUGCGAGUGCCAUGAGUGUUAUAAGGAGUAAAGGCAUCAUUCACCGUGACCUGAAGCCUCAAAACAUUCUCCUGUCCUACAACACGGCUCGGAGGGCCAAUCCCAACAACAUCUGCAUCAAACUGGCUGAUUUUGGCUUUGCUCGCUAUCUGCAGGGUGACACAAUGGCCGCCACACUUUGUGGCUCACCGAUGUAUAUGGCUCCUGAAGUCAUAAUGUCACAAAAUUAUGAUGCCAAAGCUGACCUAUGGAGUGUAGGGACCAUCAUUUUCCAGUGUUUGACUGGAAAAGCCCCUUUUCAGGCAAGUACUCCUCAGGAAUUACGGCAGUUUUAUGAAAGAAACCAGAGUCUGAGUCCCAGUAUUCCGCGGGAAACCUCCAGUCACCUUCGGCAUUUGCUGCUUGGUUUGCUGCAGAAGAGCCACAGAGAGCGCAUGGACUUUGAUGAGCUUUUCCAUCAUCCUUUCCUAGAGGGCAGUGCAUAUGUGAAGAAAUCCUCUCCUGUGCCCAUACCCGUGUAUCCCAGCAGUAGCUCUUCCAGCAGUGGUUCUUCAACAUCUCACCACACUCCUACUCCGUCUGACACUGAAACUCAGAGGCCCCUCCCACAAAGUAACACCACACAGUCUCCAGGUUCCCUGUUGAGGGAUUCCUCUUCAUCUGAGUCGGAUGACUUUGUAAUGGUGCCCGCUCAAUUCACCAGUGAACCGGUUAGCGCAGGAGGACAGGACAGUUUGAUGCGCAGCGGAAGUUCGCUGCUAGGUGUCAACACAUGUGUUAGUGGAGCUCUGUUAUUCACACCCUCUCUGCGGACCUCCCCAAGCCCUUCCAGACCUGUGGAGUGUUUUGGGAGUAGCUACAGUCAGUCUGUGCCUGUUCCAGUGCCGACACAAAAACACAACUAUCAGAAAAUGGAGCAGAACCUGCAGAUGUCUGACAGGACAUCAGCACCUCUAUAUCACUGCAGCUCUGCUGGAUUUCAGACAUGUGGGAAAACUGCAGCUUCUCCAGAAUCAGAAGGAUCCAGACCUUAUCCACCCUCCCCACAGGUGGGAACUGUUCCUCAAAUGGACAAUCAGCAAGAACCUAUUGGAAGUAGGACGGAAUCGAAUGCCCCCAAUGAGUGGCAAAAGCAGUGCAAGGUCUCUCCUUUCUUCACUGACUGUGCAUCGAGGGAGACAACCCUGUCCCACAGACAAAUUAGCCAGCAGCAUAGUCCCGAAUCUGCAGUGCAUAGAUGGGAUUUAUAUGGGCGACCCUGUUCCAGUCAAGCUUCGGGUACAUCACCGAUUCAACGAGGUCUGUUGGGCCGAAACAAAACCCUGUCUGACCUAAAAGAGUUGGCACAGGGCCCCGCAGCCGGGCCACGCGUCUCACUCUUAAGGCCAUUAGAAAGAAGGGACACUGUCAAGAGGUCAGUAAGUACCGGGCGUCUGUCAGAAAAGCUGCUGAAGGCUGUGUUUGGGCCACAGUUAGACAAAGGCAGUUAUGACAACUUGAAUGCAGAGAGACCCAUGGACAUCACGGCACCUCCUUGUGGUAAUGAUGGCACAGAACAGGGUUCAGGCAACCGUGCUGGAGUUGUCUUCACAUUAGGCACUCCUGAAUAUGGACACACACCUCCUCGCACUAUUCGACCAAGACGCUUCUCAAUGGGCACUCUCGGUCCAUCGAGCCCUGGCUGGACCUGUGGACAUUUUAAUGAGGCUCACAGUGUACCUGACAGCCUGUGCUAUGGUUACACGGAUGCCAUGGCAACAAACCUGUGUGAGGGCGUGGCCUUUGUGGCCCCUGAACUGCCAGAGGAGACACUAAUGGAGGAAAGUCAUACAGACUUGCUUGCCCAACUACGCUUUAUUCUGGCGUUUACCCACUGCAUCAUGGAGUUCGCUGGAGUGAAGAAUGCUGGGAUUGAGAAAAGUUUAGCAUUCGAUGCUUCGCUCCUAGAGCAGAGCGUAGUCGCUGAUCAGAUAAGCCAGCUGAGUCAUGAAUGGAGCUCUGCAGAGCAGCUGGUUCUCUAUAUGAAGUGUGUUGAGCUGCUGUCGUCUGCAUUACACACAGCGAGAGAUGGAAUAAAGGAAGGCAAACUCUACCCAUCAGGAUCUGUUAAACAAGUAGUUCGUAAGCUGAACGAUCAGUAUAAAGUUUGUGUAAGCUGCUGUCGCUCCCUCACUGAGAAACUCCAGGUGUUCUUCAGCAGCAAGCAAAGACUGAUGGACCGCAUGAGCAGCAUUACUGCUGAGAGACUCAUCUAUACACACACCGUUCACAUGGUACAGACUGCAGCACUGGAUGAGAUGUUUCAUCAUGGAGAAACUUCUGUAGAGAGAUACCAUAAGGCGUUACUGCUGAUGGAGGGGUUGUCUUUAAUUAUAAACGAGACUACAGACCUGAAUAAUAUCAACAAGUGUAAGCAGUGUAUUGAGCGACGUCUCUCAUCCCUUCAGCCUCAAGUAUGUAUGUAACGGUGGUAACCUUCAGUCCUGGUUAAAGGUUUGAUGUGGACAUUUGCUUUGUCCUGUUAAUACUUCAUCUGCAUCUCAGUUCAUUUCAGUUUUCAUUUGAACUUCCACACAAGAAAAAAAUCACACUCACCCAUCUUUAUUAUCCCGGUAAAUUGAACAGAAUGGAUGUCACAUGUACUGUUAGCAUGUUGACACUAGUGUCAGUGAUGUGUGGCAUUUCUUUACUGAUGGUAGGACAGUCUUGUGAGCUGGCUGAGCAACAGAAAUGUGCUUUUAACAUUAUUUUCUCUUUGAUGAACUUUGCCUGCAUGUUUGCAUAAUUCAAAGGAAAUGAUAGUCACAGACUAUAUCUGGAAAAAAAAUCAUUUUCAACUUGUACUUGUUAAACUUUGUUUUGCUUGUUAAACAGUUAGUGUUAUACCACAGAUGUACAGUUCUAAUGUGGCAAUUGACCAAAACUGAUAAAGGCUUUCUGUUUAAUGUGUUGUUAUAUAGAGGUUGAAGAAAUACUUGAGAUUUGUAUUGUAUGUACUAUCAUACUGUUAUACACGUCACGUGUAUUCAACGUUAAGCACUUUAUAAAACCAUUUGCCUUCUGGAUGCCAAAAAGAAACCACUUCAGAAAAGACAAGCCUUCAAUGUUACAGCUAAUGCCCACCUCCUCAUUAAUGUUUUAUAUGUAGCAUUUUGUAUUUGUUGUAAUCUUCUUUUGUCGUUUUAGAAUGUAAAAACAUCCUUACGUUGUGACUGAAUGUUUUAGUUUCAAGUUUUCAGUAACCUGUAAAUGCAGGGCUCUCGCACAUUUUGGUGGGAUGACGUCAUGGAUUGGUCUUCGGUUGUUGGAAUGAUUUAGUAGACGGAGUAAACUAUUCCUGUCGGAAUAGUGCCUGUUGACUUUUUAGCAGAUAAUCCAAUUAAUCCGUAGCUUUUAUUUUUACUCAAACUUCCACAGUUGGCCAAAAUUGUAUCUUGAAACUGCAGCUGAUUUUAGCGCACUGGACACUCAAAGCGAAUGUGAGACUCACAAUCAUAUAUACUUACAUUUUUAUAUUUCAUUUUUAUAUUGCACUAUGUUUGCAUCAUCAAGAGAUUUAUCAAAUCUUUUAGGUUGAUGAACCCCCUUAAGGACUUUUUACCCUUUCUUUCCCUAAUAAUCACAAUGUUUCAUAUCAUGGUGUUUUUAAGGCAUUUAGUUGGACUUGUAUAUAAUAAAAUGAAACUUGAUAAAUGCACAUAUAAUAGUGAUGAUAAACAAAUUGAGGAGAAUGAACAAUUUUGUAUAUUUGUUACAAUAUUUAUGAUCUUUUUUCUGUAAUUUGGUCUCUUCUUUCAGAGAAGCCAAAUCCAAAGCAAGUGCAGAAUGCAUGUAUGUGAUGUGAAUGUGUGUAAUUUAAUAAAUGUCACUUUUAUUUUUA